AUGUGUUGGUUGGCCACAGCUGGAGACCUAUCGCCAUUUAAGACGCUGACAGUCGACGUCCAGGACGAAUCCACUGUGCUUCAGGCUGCAAAGGAGCUCAAGGGUAUCCCAAUUGACUUGUUGAUCAACAACGCUGAUAUUUAUACUGGAGGAGACAGCAUGGCAUCGACGAUCAAGGAGAGUAUGAUGAAGGAAUUUGAGGUCCAUGCGGCGGGGCCGCUUUGA